AUGCAGAGCCGCCAACCCUUCUGUCCACAGGCACGAUCAUGGAGCGCGCGGCAUCGCUCCUAUGCGGCGUCCUUCUCUGUGUGUCGCUCUUUACUGUCGGCGCCGCCGCGCCUCUCCGACCAAGGGACAGCGACGCGGUCAUACCUUCUGUUGCUUAGGCCAGGCCUCUGGUGUCGAAAGGCGAGAAGGCCGUGCCCCUGCAUCCGAUCCGCCGCUUCUCUUCGCAACCUUGUUACUACAAUGAAAUACGUGGUUAAGAUGAGACCUACCAAGCUCAAUGGGAAAGUAAUUGGCGACAAAGGAGCAUCGGGGAAAGAAGUGAUCAAAGCGGUCAGGCGCUCUGCAAGUAAGUACUACAUCAUCUACUUUUUUAAAGUCAUGAACAUCAGAUCUGGUGGAGCCGCACCCAACGUUGGUUCAGGCAGUUCCUGCCUGGGUGCUGUUGUAGGGCAGCAGGAGCAGACGUGGGUUAACACGGCGACCAACAAAUCUGGCCGCCGUAAGCGCUACAGCUUCACGUCAACCUCGGAGUACGGCCCAAUGAGCGAGAAGGAAGUUAGGGAGGCUUUGAAUUGA